UCCCCUCCCUCCUCUGGGUCGCUAUAGAAUACGACCGACUUGCCCGUGGUCCAUCAGUGUGUGAGCACCUCCUGAGUCCUACACUAGAAGAAGUGAAGCUCGUGUUUUGCCUGUGCACCAAGAACCAUGUCCGUGCCAGGACUCCUCCGCUGCAUCCUCCUGCUCUCCUUCGCUGGGAUUCUACUCCUCUCCGAUUCUUCUGCCAGGAGAAUCAGAGGCAAGUCCGUCUUCUCGGUCAGAAGACAGAACAUGAAAGUUCGGAUUAACGCCACAGGCGACACCAUUGUCCUGAAGUUCCUCCGACCCAAUCCUGAUGUUAAACUUGAAGGCUAUAUUCUGGGCUAUGGAUCUAGCAUGUUCUCUAAGCAGUUCAUCCAGCUUCCCGAGAACGGAAAACCCUAUGAGACUGAGAUUGAUGCUGAACCAAAGUACCUAGUUGCUGUCCAGCCAAUCAAACCCAAUGAUGUGAAGAAACAAUGCAUGGGUAAAGUGAACCUGGACAAGCCUCUCAACCUGGUGAUUGGGACCGUCUCAUCUACCUCAGUGCUGCUGUCCUGGGGGCCAUAUACGAGGUCACCUUAUGAGGGCAACAUUAUGAAUGACUGUCUGGAAGACGGGUACUACACAAUCCGCUACAGAGAAAGAAACAGGAAGUGGAUCUAUCAGACUUGCCCCACUAGCGAUACAGUCAUUGACAACCUAAAACCCAACACUCACUAUGAAUUUGGCGUCCGGCCCAACAAAGAUGACCGCAGCGGCAUGUGGAGCAAACCAGUCAUCCACAGCACCAACACGGGGGACAAAAUCAUGUCAAGUCCCUUCAAGCCAAGUCAGACCAAACCUGGGAAGCCGACAAUGCCGGGACCACGCACAGUGCUUCCACCGCCUCCACCUAACAGGACGCAUCCAAGGCCCCCACCUUUACACACCAAUCCUCCUUUUCCUGGAUCUCCAAAGACAUCAUUUGCACCUCCUCUGGCUGAGCAAGAAACUGCACUCACUUCUGGGUCCAAUGAGCCCAAACAGCCUCAGCUUACACUGGACUCAGACAUCCUUGCUAGAAACGCUUCAUCUCAAGCCAGAGGGAUUUCUUUUGGCUUGCCACAUCUCCUGUCCACUCGAACCCCUCACCAGACAACCACUGACACCCCUCAAACCCCUUCUGGAGGCGACCGGCGACCUGGCCUCCCUCAGACCAAGGCACCAAGUGCCUCUCCCAAGACUUAUAGUUCAUCUGGUAAUUCUGGUCAAAGCUCUCUGAAAGACCUAAGCUUGUCUGUUCCACCAAAGCCAGUCGAUUCAACCGUAGCAGUGAGCAGCAGGAACCGGACAGCUGGGGGCAGAACUCCUUACUUUCCCCUCUAUAACGGCAUGCGGCCCUCUUAUUUCCCCAGGGCCAACGACACCUCCAGAAGAUACGGGGUGAACGGACAACAUCAUAAAGGACUGUCUUUCCCCAAACCAGUCAUGUGGUCCAGAACCAGAAUGGGUACUCCUAAUCGAGUUUCUUUCCAUAUCAGUAAAAACCCCAACCAGGUUGGCAAAACCAGUGGAAUAGACAAAAAGAUUAACCUGCACCAGGACAAAUCAUCAAUCCUGAAGCCUAAAGCACCUCUCGUUACUGCCAAACCAGCGAAACCUAAAACAACAACAACAACUCCGGUGACGGAAACGCACUUUGAGACGUGGGAGAACUCGUCUGCCUUCAGCUCUGUUCCAGCAUCCAAAAUCGAUGCCAUGGGCAAAGAGCGCUUCAUCGCUCCACACGUGGUGUAUAAGACGGACAAGAAACCGGAUGAGCCAUGCUCCAUCACGCGGUCUCUGAGCUAUUUCCUGAAGGAACAGGGAGGUGAAACCACAGUGACCGGUCCUCCUCGUGUCGCUCCGUCGAACCUCACUGUGGUCACGGUUGAAGGCUGUCCCUCUUUCGUCAUCCUCGACUGGAAUAAAGUUGACAACCAAACCACAGAAUAUGAGGUCAUCUCCACCACUAAAGGACCUGACGGACAAAAGGUCUCCAUCCUGACCACCAACCAAACACAUACAGCUGUGGAGAACCUCAAGCCCGAGUCCAGUUACGAGUUUAAAGUGAAACCAAAGAACGAAUUGGGUGAGGGGCCGCCCAGUGAACCGGUGACCUUUAACACAGAGUCAGCGGAUCCUAGAGUGAGCGAAUACGUUUCAGGCAAAGACGCAAUCUGGACGCAGUUCCCAUUUAAGACUGACUCUUACUCGGAGUGCAACGGCAAGCAGUACGUCAAGAGGACAUGGUAUCGCAAGUUUGUUGGCAUCCAGCUCUGCAACUCCCUUCGAUAUAAGAUCUACCUGAGCGACUCUCUUAACGGUAAAUUCUACAACAUUGGGGACCAGACAGGCCACGGAGAGGACCAUUGCCAGUUUGUAGACUCCUUCCUGGAUGGAAGGACCGGGACACAGCUGCCAGCAGACCAGCUCGAAGCUCGACCAGGUUAUUUCAGAGCUGUGAGGCAAGAACCAGUUCACUUCGGCCAGAUCGGAGGCAAUUCACACAUCACUUAUGUAGCAUGGUACGAGUGUGGUACGCCAAUCCCUGGGAAGUGGUAGAAGCCCAAAAAUGUGUCUGAAAUGAGAGAUUUUGUUUUCGGCUGAGAUGUUCACAUGUUGGUCUUUUUUUUUUUAACCAACAACUAGGUGGUGUGUGUGAUACCUCAACCUUUGGCACCAAAGUCCAAACCAUGUAUAAAGGUGUAUAGUACGGAAGAGUCAGGGACUUAUUAGCAGGUUUGUGUUGUAUAUGAACGAACCAUGCCUCGCUGUCUUAUUUAUCAUUAUUAAACAACGAACAAGGACAAAAAAUACAACAAAAAUUCGAAUGCAGAACCAUACUAACAAUGACGUCAACUUCACGCAAGGUAUGGACAUUUAGAAAUAUGACUUUGGUCGAAAAUAUUGGGAAGCUGGCUCCCUAAACUAUUUUGGUAAUUUUUUUUGUAAUAUUAUUAUUAUUUUUUUGUUAUUAUUAUUGUAUGAAGUUUGCGGUGCAUAGUUCCUGAGUGAGAGCGCGACCGGAGGACGCAGUACUCUUCGUUUGGAACAAACCAGUCAGAUUUUUUCCAUAGUCAUUAAACUCAUUCAUUCAUUCAUCUAUCCCUCCAUCCAUCCAUCCAUUUGUUCAUCCAUCCAUCCUUCCGUUCAUUCCUUAGCCCCAUUUGUUCAUUCACGUUACAUUUGUUUUUAUCACCUUUCCUUCUAAAGCCCUGCUAUAAUUGGGCAGGGGGGCUCCAGACUGUAAAGACCUUACAAUUGCAAUUUGCACAACGUAAAUCUAUUUAUAUGUAUAUGGAGAGAGUAUUUUUUCAUUAAACAUAUUAAACAUUAUAAAAGGGCCUUUUAUCUCUGAGAAAUGGGUUCGAGGCCAAUAUGAGCGACAGGAUCUGUUUCUCGUGGCCCUCAGUGACGAGUAUGAUUUGUACAGUAAAUUCCUUCUACCCAAAUAAGGUCAUUUAAAGUGUAUAUAUCUAUAAAAACAACAGCAAGCUGUAAAAGAUGAAAUUGCAUUGUUGUCUCGGAUGCAGUGACCCCAUGUAUUAUUAACGCAGUAAUAAAAACCAGAACGUUUGUCGUCCACCCCCCACCCCCCUUGCUAAUUUUAAUUAAAAAAUAAUU